AUGGCCCCCAGGACAGGUGCUGAGGCCCCACUUGGAUCUGGGCUCUGUUUGGGGGUUGAAUGCCAUGCUGCCCACUCAACACUGGUUCUGUUGCUCUCUGCCAGCAUGCUGGUGACUUGGCUUGAGGCUGCUAAACUCACUGUGGGCUUUCAGGCCCCCUGGAACAUCUCCCAUUCAUUCAGUGUACAAAGGCUGGGUGCAGGCCUCCAAACUGCCAUGGACAAUAUCAACUCUGUUCUGGUGGACUUCAGAAACUUCAGCUGGGAGUUCACUUACAACAACUCAGCCUGCAGCGCCAAGGAAUCUCUUUCUAUUUUCAUCAGCCAGGUUCAGAGAAAACAAAUUUCUGCUCUCUUUGGACCAGCAUGCUCAGAAGCAGCAGAGGUUAUUGGCUUGCUGGCUUCCAAGUGGAACAGCCCCAUGUUUGACUUUGUUGGACAAACGGCAAAACUGGAGAACAACUUCUUGUAUGACACCUAUGUGAAACUUGUGCCACCCAAGCAGAGAAUCCUUGAUGUGUUCCAGAAGAGUCUCUGGUGCCUGGGCUGGGAACACAUUGGGAUGCUUGGAGGUCAUUCUAGGACGUUCACCUGGGAUGGAGUGGAUGAGUUGUGGAGGAUUGUAGAGAAUGAACUCAAAUCCUAUUUUACCAUCGCUGCCAAUGCCAAUAAUGACCCAGCUUUCCUUCAAGAGAAUCUCAGGAGCCUGUCAUUGAUUUCCAAGGUUAUCAUCUUAAUCUGCAGCUCAGAAGAUGCAAAACUUAUCCUGCUGGCUGCAGAGAAGCUGCGAUUGCACACAGGAGAACUCGUCUUCAUCAUUUUGCAGCAUCCGGAGGACAGGUUUUGGAAGGAGGUAUUGACAAAUCAGAAGGAGAUGCAGUUGCCCACAAUCUAUGCGUCAGUCCUUGUCAUAGCCCCCAGGUCCUCUGGAGAAGACCCUGGAGAUGAAGGCUUCCAAGAGCAGGUCUACCGAAGGCUGCGUGGGCCACCCUUCCACAGCCCCAUCUCCUUGGAGGAGCAGAUGAGCCCUUACUCUGCCUACCUUCAUGAGGUGGCCCUGCUGUAUGCUCAGGCUGUGAGGGAGAUAAUAACAGCCGGAAGGGAUUUCCAGGAUGGGCGGCAGUUGGUCACCCCUUUGAAAGGCUCCAAUCGGAUGGCAUUGUAGGGAAUCACCAGCCCUGUGUGUGUAGAUUCCCGGGGAGAAAGGCUCAUGGAUUAUGUCUAUGCUCUACAGAAAUCCCAAAACAGGUCCCCUUUUCUUCCUUUUCUUUAAUAUGACAGCCAUCAGGAAUUCAACAUACCCAUGAGGAAUUUCUCCACUGUUACUUGGCCCCAUGGCUCUCUUCCUGAAGACAGACCUGGCUGUGGAUUUUCCAAUGAGCUCUGUGAAACUGAGCCAGCUCUCACAGGUCAGUGUGGCCACCUGGAGAAGCAAGAUAAUACAAUUUAUUUAUUCAUCGCACACAUGUUGCCCAUCUACAGCAGGCCAAGCAGAGUGAAAGGCCUGGGAUACACCACAAAUGGAUGUCUUCUGAGGGAGCCACCCCAGAGAGGCACCCCUGAAUCGAGAGGGAACAGCAGUAACUCGUCUAGUGUGGUGACUUCUGGGGACCUCAGCUCCUUUGCCAAGAGCCAGCAGGGAGAAGAGCUCUUUUAUGCCCCAGCAGGGCUUUACCAGGGAAACCAUGUCGCCAUCUGCUAUGUUGAUGACCAAGCAGAAGCCUGGAUCAGAAAGCCUCCUAUUCUCUAUUCUGUUCCAUUGAUGUAUGACUUAAGGCAUGAAAACAUCAUUCCCUUCUUUGGUAUUUGCAUGGAAUCACCUAACCUCUGCAUUAUCACCCACUAUUGCAAAAAAGGAAGUCUUAAUGAUGUUUUGUGAACAGACAAUGAAAUGGACUGGAUAUUCAAGCUCUCGUUUGCAUAUGACAUAGUCAAUGGCAUGCCGUUCCUUCACAGGAGCCCCCUGGGGUCCCAUGGCAACCCAAAGCCUUCCAACUGCCUGGUGGAUGGCUGGAUGCAAGUGAAGCUGUCUGGAUUUGGGCUGUGGGAACUCAAGUGUGGCUGGAUAUGCAGAACGUGUAAGGAAGAAACAACAGACCCCUCGGAGCUCUACUGGAUGGCCCCAGAGCGGCUGUGGUUCACCCAGGCCAGACACCCCAAAGGGAGAGGCGGUGGGAAAUGCAAAGGUGGUGUCAUGGUGAAGGCGUGUUGGGAUGAGUGUCCAGAGAAGAGGCCCACUUUCUCUUCCAUCAAGAAACUUUUACAGGAAACCAGUCCCAGAGGAUACCACUUUCCGGGGAGUUUUGACAUGGCUUCAGAAUCUUCUUCAAACCAGCAUUUCAAGGGUUAUGACUCGUCCAUUGGGAUUGGACUGUGGGAACAACAUCUAUUCACCAAACUCGGAUAUGGUGAGCACAAGGAGAGGAAGGCGGAUCAGCUUCUUUCCACAUUGCUGCCCAGUUUCAUUGGAGAACGACCCAUAGCUGGAAAGUCCAUGGAACCAGAGCGUUUUGAGUCCAUGACAAUCUUUUUCUCUGACAUUGUUGGAUUCACAAAACUCUGUUCCCUCAGCUCCCCACUGCAAGUUGCCAAGCUCAGUGACCUGUAUGGUCUGUUUGAUCACAUCGUUAAAACUUAUGAUGUGUAUAAGGUUGAGACCAUUGGAGAUGCAUACAUGGUGGCUAGUGGACUCCCUAUCCGCAAUGGAAGCCAACAUGUGGACGAGGUUGCCACGAGGUCCUUGUACUUCCUCAGUGCCACUGUAUUCCAGAUGGGGCACAUGCCUGAGGAAAAGCUUAAGCUCCAGAUUGGCCUCCACUCAGGUCCCGUGGUGGGACUCACCAUGCCCAGGUACUGUCUGUUUGGAGACACGGCGAACAUGGCAUCCAGAAUGGAAAGCAGUAGUUUGUGUGGGUAUUGUUUACAGCACUUUGCAAACACAAUAUUGCUGUCCCUUCUGUCCCCUAUCUUUAACCAGAGAGUAUUUUUAGAUGACCCAAGUGCAUUUUGUCUACUGUUUUCUAUCUGGAGGGUAAGGCAACACUGGUUCCAAGCUUUGUAA